AUGCGCUCAGCGGAGCACUUAACAUUUGUGCGGUAUUGUACAUCAAGUGAUAUGCGCAUUGAGUUGUGCUAUCAGUGCUUUGGCGACCCGUGCAAGAAAAUGCCGGUGGUGCUUCUCAUCGGUGGGCUUAACAUGCAAAUGUAUGCCUGGGAUGAGGCUUUCUGCGAGGAACUAGUGGCGCAGAACUUCUUCGUGGUGCGUUUCGACAAUCGAGAUAUUGGGCUUUCGACCAAGAUUGAGCAACGUGGAAGUAUUAUACCUGCACGCCUCUUUCUCCCACAGACGCUUGCCUUUGGUGAGCGUCUCCCAUAUACGAUUGAGGACAUGGCGCGCGACGCCCUGGCUCUGUUGGACGCCCUAGGCAUCACCUACGCACACGUGAUGGGCAUUAGCAUGGGUGGCAUGAUUGCGCAGACGGUGGCGCUUCUUUCGCCGCACCGCACGCUUAGUUUGACGAGCAUCAUGUCCACUACUAACGCACGCGACCUCCCCGACCCACAGCUGUGGGUGAAGGUAUUGCUGCUGCGAAAGCCGCCCACGAACUGCACUCUUGAAGAACUGCUGGACUUCCGCGUGGAGACCUUGAAGAGGCUCCUGAGCGGUGCCCUUCCUGUUGACGAGGAGUACCUGAAGCUGCGGUAUUUGAUUUCAUUGCGACGAAGUGCCUACUCCGCCGGUCUCAUUCGCCAGGCCGCGGCAAUUCGUAGGUGCCCUGGGCGCGACGAGGCACUCCGUUCAUUGUCCUGCCCAGCGCUGGUGGUCCAUGGCGUGAAGGACGUGCUGAUGCCACCGGCCCACGGCUACCGCACCGCGUCAAUGAUACCGCAGGCUAAGUUGCUCACGCUAGAGAGUAUGGGGCACUACUUUCACCCUGCCUUCUUUGGCACCAUAGUUUCCGAUUUUGUUGCUGUCGCCAACGCAGCGAGUGAAAACGGCUCAUUGAUGGCGCGCUUUGGGUUUGAAAUCCCCACCUGUAUGCCGCUGCUGCAGGGCACGGUGAUGCCGGAUUGCGCAGAGCAGAUGCUGGAGCGGUCUUUCCGCGGCACGACGGAGGGUGUGCCCGUCCAGACAACGCCGAUCGACACGUCAGCGGAGGCGACGAAAAACACCUCGCUUGCGGCGUUGGACAUCAUGGCGGUCGACGACUGCGACACGAGUGGCAUGGACGCAUCGGGCAUUAUGGCCGAGGAGCUGCGGAUGAAUAUACUGGGCGAGCAGGUGGCGGAGGCAUCUAUCCUCAGUAUGCCGGAGGAGCUGAAGCGAAAGCUCGCAAGCGAAGCUGAGGAUGCGGCGUGA